UCAGCUUUAAACUCUCUGAAAAAUACUGAAGUCCCAGUAAGUCGUACAACUGAUACCGCUGGGGAAAAACUGUUAGGGGCCUCUGAGUGUUGGAAAGGACUUGGCUGCAAGACACUUAAGUAUCGCACGGUUAUAAAGAAGAUUCAGUUCAGCUGCAGCGUUUGUGACCAAAGUUUUACCUGGUACAAAGAGCUCAGGAACCAUCAGUGUGUCGGCCAUCAGAGUCAAACUGAGGACAACAAAGAGGCAGCUGAGGACACAGAAGCAGAAGCUGAUGGAGAGGACUGUGGAGGACAAGAACCAGCCAGGAACUCACAUCCACUUUUACAACCAGAGACUGAAGACCAGACUGGAGACUCUUCUGGAUUUAAAACAAAGUGUGGAGAUGACGAUCAGACUGACCCCAGUGAUCCUCAGUCAACUCUGAAAAGUAACAGAGUCCCUGUGCGUGAUGAGAGACUUACAGGAGAGAAAACUUUCAGCUGUUCAAUUUGUGAGAAAUGUUUCAAAUACAGAAGUUUUUUUGUGAAGCACAUGAGAACGCACAUGAGAGAGACAAGGUCCUCUGUUAGCGACGCUCUCAGUGACAUCCGUAAAGCACCAGAAAUACGUUUAAAACCAGACACUGGAGACUCUUCUGAAAUUAAUUCUGACGUCAGCGAUCAUCGGACCGAUCCCAGUGAACCUCAGUCAACUCUGGAAUGUAACAGAGUCCCUGUGAACGGUAAGAGACGUAAAACUGGAAACUGGAAACAGUUCAGCUGCUCGGAGUGUGGGAAACGAUUUAACAAGAAGACAAAUCUUAAGGUACAUAUGAUAAUUCACUCAACAGACAAACCAUUCAGCUGCACAGUUUGUGGUAAAAGGUAUUCUCAGAAGGGGAACUUAGUUCGUCACAUGCUACAUCACACCGGAGAGGAAAAAUACAGCUGUACGGUUUGUGAGAGACGUUUUAAAUUCAAAAGAGAUGUCGGGAGACACAUGACGAUCCACACAAAACAGACACUGAAGAGUCUGAACCAGGAGGAGCCAGAUCCACUUUUACAACCCGAAGACAAGACCGGAAACUCUUCUGAACUGGAGAGGGAAGUCAGCGAUGGUUCAAAAGAGAGCGGAGAAUGGCAGUUCGGUUUGAUGUCUCAGGGAAAUAUCAAAGUCCCGGCUGAGAAAGCACAUAGCUGCUCUUUUUGUGGAAAAACUUUUGCCCGUAAGUUCUGUCUGAAGGUCCACAUAAGACUGCACACCGGCGAGAGGCCAUUCAGCUGCUCCGUCUGCAGCAAAAGCUUCGUCCAGCGCUACCACUACCUGGAACACACCAGGCUCCACACCGGAGAGGACACGUUUGACUGCUCUGUGUGCGGGAAAAAGUUCGGACACAAGUUCCGACUCAGAAACCACAUGGGGACUCACACGGGAGAGAAGCCGUUCAGCUGCUCCGUCUGCGGUAAAGGUUUCAGAUUCAGCGGGGAGCUGAAGCAACACGCGAGUGUCCACUCGGGGGAGAAACCGUUCAGCUGCUCCGUCUGCCUACGAGCUUUCCGUCUUAAGGUCAUGUUAAAAAAUCACAUGAAAAUCCACAGCGGGGAGUUCCCGUUCAGCUGUUCGGUUUGUGGCAAAAGAUUCAGGCAAAAGGGAAAUCUGAAAAAACACGCGACGAAGCACGAGACGGAAAAAUCUCCCUAUGAUUUCCGUGAUGCCAAACUGAUCUGAUAAAGUGGCGUA